AUGCUGUCCAGCUCAGCCGUUUAUUUCUACAGCUAUCUCGUGUCGUCUGCACUCAACAUUCUGGCAUUAUUUGUUUUCGGCUUUUGGCUAGCGAAUGCUUUUUACGGGUUUCUCGUCUCUUUGAAUCUCAUUCUGACAACUCUGGGCCAAGGGCUAAUUCUCGUGUUUUUCCUAAGGAAACGAACUUCAAAGGCUCAGCACACAAAAGCCGCUUUCUCCAACAAUUCGGAGACAAGUUUCACCGCCCAGUCGACAGCACAUCCGCCAAUCGCCGCUGGACUCAACAAAUUGUUGGAGGACUAUCCCCAAUAUGCUUUUGUGGGAAAUAUCGCCGACGCUUGGAUUGCCGAUUUGAAAACACCGUUGCCGAUAUUUUCCUUUUCUCCCAAAACCCUUUUGAUCUUGCUGCUUGCCGUCGGAAUUCCGGGAAUCAUUCUUUUGGGCACAGCUGCGACACUGCAUGCGUUUCACCUGCUCAACAGUUCGCUCAUUCGCAUGAGUCCAAAAACGAGGGCACUCCACAAAAAGCUCGUCCGUGGGCUUGCGUUGCAGGUUUUCACUCCGAUUUUCUCGAUGGCAGUUCCGGGAGUGAUUGCUGUUUUUACGGUGAUCACCGAUUCGUUUCCCCAGCAGUGGUUUAUCAAUGCGUCUACCCUUCUGCUCUCUCUGCACGGCGGCUUCGGAUCGUUGUCGAUCAUUUUAUUCACAGAAUCCUAUCGACAACAUACUAGGAAUUGUCUGAAAAUAGUGGCUCGAUUCAAAUCUUCAACCAUUGUCCACACAAUUCCUUCCAUUAUAAUCAACCAACCGACUCGU